CAAUUCUUUGUAUACUUUCAAGAGAGAGCUAGAUAUGGCUCUUAAAGAUAGCGGAGUCAGGGGAUAUGGGGAGAAGGCAGGAACGGGGUACUGAUUGGGGAUGAUCAGCCAUGAUCACAUUUAAUGGUGGUGCUGUAUCGAAGAGCUGAAUGCACCUAUUGUCCAUGUAUCUAUGUAACAAAAUUAUCCAAUUCUCCAUCACGUUUACACCCGGAUUUCACUUUGUGCCAUCAUGCUUCACACAUGGGAUCUAUGCUAGAUAGACACAAAAUGCUGGAGUAACUCAGCGGGACAGGCAGCAUCUCUGGAGAGAAGGAAUGGGUGAGGUUUCGGGUCAAAACCCUUCUUCAGACAGGUAGAGGAGGGGAAGACUAGAGAUAUGCUAUGAUAGGGUAUGGUGUGAAAACGAUUUGAAGAGCAGGAGGCUGCUAUUUUAUGCGCCUUUUCAUGCUCUGUUUAUCUUCGGCAUUGGAUGUCUGAGUUCCCAUUCUGCAUGGUACUGCCAGUCAGCGCUUCUUGGCAGUGAUUCUACCAAUAACCGUCCCGCCUGAUGAUAGACACAAAAUGCUAGAGUAACUCACAGGGAGAGGCAGCAUCUCUGGAGUUGGGCGAUGUUUUGGGUCGGUACCCUUCUUCAGAUUGAGUCAGGGGAGAGGGAGACAUAGAGAUAAGGAAGUGUAAGGUGUGAAAGCAUGACAUCGAAGGAGAUGGAAUUCAAGGAAGAUGUAGAAAAGAUAAUUGUUAGCAAAGAGAAAAUGACAACAAAGCAUAGCUAACAAUGAUCUAUUCAAUAUUUUCCUUGAUCCCCAUCCCCUUUGAUAUCUCAUUUUCAAACCUUACACUUCCUUAUCUCUGUGUCUCCCUCUCCCCUGACUCUCAGUCUAAAGAAGGGUCUGGAGUCGACCAGAAAUGUCACCCAUUCCUCAGACAGAGAAGCUGCCUGUCCCGCUGAGUGACUCCGGCAUUUGUGUCUCUAUUCGGUGCAGAGCAGCAUCUGCAGUUCCUUGACACACACCCAACCGCGCAUGUGCCUGCCGCGUAGAGCGCGUCGUCGCCAUGGUGACGGUGCAGUGUGGAGGCCGCCAUGAAUCGCAGCAAGAGUGUUGUGAACAAAGGACCAUUUGGUAACGUGAAACAGAGGGACCAACGCAACUUCAUACGAUUCAAAUGUGUUUUGACAAAUACUAUUUUGGAUGUUCUGCGGCAGCGACCUGGAUGGGUUGAGGUUAAGGAUGAAGGUGAAUGGGACUUUUACUGGUGCGAUAUCAGCUGGCUACGAGAGAACUUUGGCUAUACAUAUAUGGAUGAGCAUGUUCGCAUCUGUCACUUUCGCAAUCACUAUGAGCUGACACGAAAAAACUUCAUGGUGAAAAACCUAAAGCGGUUUCGCAAACAGCUGGAGCGUGAGCAGGGGAAGCUGGAGGCAGCUAAAUGUGAUUUCUUUCCAAAGACAUUUGAACUGCCUGUUGAAUAUCACCUGUUUGUGGAACAAUUUAAGAGAAACCCUGGAAUCACUUGGAUCAUGAAACCGGUUGCAAGGUCACAGGGAAAAGGCAUCUUUCUUUUCCGAAAACUCAAAGAUAUCAUGGAAUGGAGAAAGGAUGGGACUCGUGCAGAUGACUCCAAAGAUGAAGCUACAGUGGAAAGUUAUGUUGUGCAGCGCUACAUCGAGAACCCCUACCUGAUAGGAGGGAGGAAGUUUGAUCUGCGAGUCUAUGUACUGGUGAUGUCUUACAUCCCUCUGAAAGCCUGGUUAUAUCGAGAUGGGUUUGCACGCUUUUCAAAUACCCGCUUCUCCCUGACCAGCAUUGAUGAUCAUUUUAUACAUCUUACAAAUGUGGCAGUCCAGAAAACCGCUCCCGACUAUGAUCCAGAAAAGGGGUGCAAAUGGUUAAUGCAACAGCUGCGGCAGUAUCUGACAGCAAAACAUGGCACCGAGACUGUAGAAACGCUCUUCAGAGACAUGGACAACAUAUUCAUCAAAAGUUUGCAGAGUGUCCAGAGUGUAAUAAUUAAUGACAAGCAUUGCUUUGAACUAUAUGGAUACGACAUUUUGAUCGAUAAGAACCUGAAACCGUGGCUUUUGGAAGUGAAUGCAUCUCCAUCACUGAUAGCUAGCAGCCAGGAGGAUUAUGAGCUGAAAUGUCGUUUGCUGCAGGACACAGUGAACAUUGUCGACAUGGAAGGAAGACUCUCUGGAAAAGAGAAGCAGGUCGGAGGUUUUGACCUGAUGUGGAACGAUGGUCCUAUUUAUAGUGCAGAUGUAAAUUUCGAAGGAGGCAUUAAUCUCAUUGCUAACACUCACUUGGGCUGCUUGAAUGAUAGGGAGAUGCAGUUGUGGCAUCUGUUAAAACCGCUCUCUGCCCAGAAGAAGUAGCAGUGAACAGUUUGUGGAAACAGAUGAAGAAUGCAUGCAGUCUAAUGCCUCGUCCCACACCUGGCUAGCUAAUUCCUCAAAUCUAAUGUAGAGCAGGAUAGUUUGUCUACAGUUUUAAAUGUGCUCCUGUUAUCAGUGGUCCUUUGCCAUUGUUCGAUAGAUAACACUUUAGAGAUUAGUUAUUCCUGAGAACUGUGCUGUACAUAUUUUCUGUAACAACUAAAAAACAAGUGCACUCUCA